UCCCAUCACUACUUAUAAUCAAAAUGUUGUCCAAAAAGUAAUUUAAAUUAUCUUCAGUCGUUUAUAUUUACGUAAUCUACAUUAAAUCGUUGGUUUAACGGAUUAUAAAGCGCCUCUUUCAUGCGCAGAAACUAUUGAUUUUUCACAUCAGAGAGAAAUUGUUCACAUUUCAGCUAAACGAUGUAAGCAAAAUAAAUCUGCUUUUUUAAGAUUUGAUAAAUCUCACAUCUGAAUUAGUACGAAAUGAAACGCAUAGGUAUAAUAGGAAAGAUUUAAAAGAGAAAGUUCUGACCGAAACCUUGCCUGUACUUGUACGCUGUUCAAUAAUAAGUAUGUUGUCGUUAAACAAGUGUGAUACAUAUUACAGCUGGAAAACUCUAAACCGAUUGAAAUAAUGUCCUUAUUAAAAUCGUAUCGUAUAGGAAAAUGUCACUUAAAACGUCAAACCUGUGGAAAAUCCUACGCUGGUCCUACACAGUGCCUAUCUUAUGCUACGUCCUGUUUAUGGUUAUGAUAUGGAUGUUGACAGUGCCAUUGAAGCCCAACUUGGAGCUGACAAAUUCUCUGCAAGGAAAUCAGCGGCUCGAGGAUACUUUUGAAAUACGGAUAAAAAACAGCAACUUCAAUUCGGAUAAAGCGGUAGAGCCGUCCGAAGAUAAAAAUGAAUAUUUGGUGAAUGUAAAUAAUGCAGAGAACGCGAGAAAAACCGAGCAGGAUAUUCUGACGGAGGUCUUUAAACAAGCAGACACUAAUAAAGAUGAAAAACUGGACUCUAAAGAAUUGUCAAAAUGGAUUCGAACGAAAAUAGUUCAACAUAUAUCCGAGGCCGUCGGAAAUAACUACGGGCUGUUUUUAAAAAUUGACGUUAAUCCAAGAAAUGGGAUAAUUACGUGGAAGGAAUACCAUUCGUAUUUUCUAAGAAAGCGAGGUUUUAGUGAGAAAUUCGUCCAUAAUCACGAUGAGCGUCGCCACAAAGGUCUGCAAAGAGCGAUUAAAGAACAAAUAAUGCGAGAUAAAGCACUUUGGGCUGAAGCUGCGAGAACAAAUCCAGAUUCUUUAACCGUUGAUGAAUUUCUAGCAUUUACCCAUCCAGAAUCUAGUGUAACUAAUCAAUUGGUUAUGGUAGACGAAUUAUUUGAUAAAUUUGACAGAGAUGGAGACGAAGUAUUAACAGAAAAUGAAUUUGCGGUACUGCAAACGGAAGGUAAUGGAGAUGAAACUUUAGUCGUCCGACAAGGCGAGGAACAACGCCGUCACGAAUUCCGAACGUCCAUAGAUAUAAACGGCGACGGCAAAGCAGAUCGUAGGGAGUUGUUGCACUACGUGGCCCCCCAGAGCCCUAGACAUUCAGAGCACGAGGCCGAAGCCCUGCUGGCCAUAGCAGAUGGAGACCAUGACAAUAUGCUGUCUCUGAAUGAGAUACUUGCCCAUCCAGCUUUAUUCAUUAAGUCAAAGAUGGUGGAUACAGCAAGGAGUUUUCACGACGAGUUUUGAAUGUUAAUGUAGAGUUUGUUAAAAAUAAAUAGUAUUUUUUAUAAGAAAUGUCAAUUUAUUAAAUGUUCAUGUUAUACAAUAAUUAUGAAUAUAUAAUACAUAGAGAGAGAGAUAUUCUACACUGGACA